AUGAACGUCCGCCAGUCCCCGCUCGACCUGCUGCACUUCCUCGUCCGCCUCUGCGCCGUCGUCGGCGGCGCGCUGAGCGUGACGCGGCUGUUUGACGGCCUGGUGCACGGCGUGGUGCGCGGGCUGGGCAUGUUUGAGGAGGAGCUGCGGCGCAGCUCGGGCGGCGGCGGCCGCGGCGUGUCAUCGCUGAGCGGCGGCGGGUUCCUGCCCACGAGCAGCGGCAGCGGCAGCCCGCACGGCUCGCUGCGCGACGCGCUCGGCGGCGUGGCGGCGUCGCUGCUGCGGCGCAGCAGCGCCGGGAGCGUCGGCAGCGGGCUCGGGGGCGGCGGCAGCAGCAGGGGUUACUCCUCGGGCGGCAGCGAGGGAGGGGCGACGCGGUUCGGCGGCGCCGCCCCCAUGCAGAUGUCGUCGCUCAGCGGCUUUGCGCCCCCGGUGCUGAACGGGUUUGGCUCCUGGAGCGAGAUCAAGAAGGACAGCCUGGCGUGA